AUGAGGCCCUUCCAGCUGCAGCAGCAGGCCAAACGUGCAACACAGGCUUUUGAUAGUGAAGGUCUUCAUGCAGCCAUAAGCCUGCAACAGCCAAUUGCCCAAACACUGCAGCAGGCGGUUGCUUCCAGGGUUCAUGCAAUGCCAUAUGAGGAUCACACUAUCACAGACGUGCACAGGGAAAUAAACAACAUAUUGUUGCAGGAGACCUGUCGUCUCUUCCCGCCUCAGCAGAAACCGGAUCGGCGCAUCAGCGCGGACCCAGGCUACCGUGCAAGUGCCACACAAACCUGGGCUCUCUACCGAGCCAUGAAAGCUCCAGGUCCGGCCACCCUGGCCAACAUAUGGAGCAAGUGGCGAGCCUUAGCCGCCUUCCAGCGUGCCUCGAAGGCCCUUCGACAGCAGAGUAAGCAGCUCAAGGUGGAGUUCCACCAAGCCCAACUUGAGCAAGCCGAGGAUGCGGAGGGCCACCUGCUGACCGAACAACAGGAGCUACAGGCUGUGUUGCUUUUUGGCAAAGAAACCUUUGCAAGCCUGCCGGAUGAUUUGCCACAUAUUGCAACACACCAGGACCUAGUGUUUGAUGCUGUGGACAUUUGGUGGGAGCUCACCCGACUCCCAACACGGAAGGCAGUGCCAUCACACAUUGCCCCCAACAUCGUAUGGAGCCACUGCGCGGAGGUGGUCUAUGAGCCCCUCAGCGAGGCCUUGAACCACCAUUUCAAGGCAGGAUCCCCGGAUAGGCUAGAUGAGGACAUGAAAGCUGUGACUCUUCUCCUGGCCGACACAGCAUCCAAUCGCUUCACAAGGAAUGCCAACAUGCAAGCUGUGCCAUCGUUGCCCAAGGACACAGCGGCCGAGCCCUCCGGCGACUCAGCCACAGCUACCGUCCAGGGGGACUGCAUCUACAGCAUGUCGAGAACGACGGCAGACCUGGAGGCCAGCAUCUUCGCCCAUUGCAUGCCAUCCGGAAUGACUCCGCCUCAACCCAGCGGGACCACGAAUGCCCUGGAGCCAGCAGCUCCGGACUUUCAGCCAUCCGGCAAGAGGCUGAGGGGUCAGGGACAGGGAUGGCAGAGACCCACGUACCAUCACCAGCAGUACCACAGUCACUGGCAGCAACCAAGCCCACCUUACAUGCAGGGCACGGGCAAUGCCAUGGAUCAGCAAGUGGAGAUACUCUCCAAACUAGUCCUCAAACACGAAGAGGCUCUGGCGGAUGUCCGCAAAGACAUGGGUUUUGUGCUUUUCUUCAGACAGGACAGCAAAAGCUUGCUACCCAAUCUUAUGGAAGUGGCCCGCACCUGGCGGGAGAAGAUGGCGAAUCCGGCGCAAGAGCCGAGCAUGACUUCGCCCCUCAGGACGGUGUUGGUCAACUGCUUACUGAAGGAACUUCUUCAACGAGCACAGAAGGUGGUUGCAACAGAGGCAGGCCGAGCAGACCUCCACCAGAUGGGCUGGAUCAAUGCUCAGGGCCACUGGACGUACCAAAAGUGGAGCUCAUCGCAACGGAAACUGGUGAUCAACGAGAAUCGGGCAGCGCUCACUCACGACGACAUGAUUCGCCACCUCACCGAACUCCAGGAGCACAUGACGGGCGAAAUCAUUCAUCGCUUUCAAUCCAAGAAGGCCAUGUGGAGAAUCGAGGACGAGGGUCAUCAGCAAGCCACUUUCGACCUACACAUUUCGCUAAGGAGCGCGGUGGCAGACGAAGUCCAUCAAAGCUUUUGUGUGCUUAUGGGCAAUGCGAUCACGAACUUAGUGGGCAUGAGCAUGAAGCGAGACGACCGCCAGAAACAGCCGUUCGCACAGCAGCUUGCACAGAUGGUUUAUCCAGGAACAGCAAGCUCGAAUGGUCAUGGCAUGCUCAGCUCUGGAGGAGAUGGAGGCCUGAACGACCAACUGCAGACACGCUUCAAGCUCAUUCAGCAGCAACAGGUGACUCCAGCGAAGAUCGUCAAGCGGGUGAUCAAUCUUCACCAACUGGACGACUGA